UGACGUUUGACAUAUAUGACAGACAUUUGCUUGUGUUUUUAGUUCAAUUUAAUUUCAACAAUUUAUGAAAAAUCUUGAUUGUAAUACAUUAAUCAAAUUAUUUUGAUUCUCGUCAACUGAUAAACUAAGGGAUUUGAAGUCUUGUAAAGUGGUGAACAACAGUAACAAGUAUAAAUUGCGUCUACCUCUACUUCAGCUCUUAUUUUAACUUUGAAAACUUUUUUGAAAAUUUUUAACAAGAACUGAUGGCAAUGCAGUGCCAACUAUGGAUGGGCAGUUUAGAGCCCAAUAUGACGGAAAGUUUUAUAAUGGCAGCCUUUCAUAGGAUGGGACAAAGGCCAUUGACAGUCAAAGUUAUGAGAAAUAAGUUUACAGGUGAACCUGCUGGUUAUGCAUUUGUGCACUUUCAGACAGAUGAAGAAGCAAUUGAUGCCAUGCACAAACUUAAUGGUAAACCUAUCCCAGGUACAUUUCCGGUGGUACGGUUUAGGUUAAAUACAGCAUCUAGAGAAGCACGAUCAAACCUACAGCAAGAAAGAGAGUUUUCUGUGUGGGUUGGGGAUCUUAGUCCUGAUGUAGAUGACUAUUCUUUGUACAGAGUAUUUGCAUCUAAGUACUCAUCAAUUAAAACUGCAAAAGUAAUUUUGGAUGGCACAGGAUAUACAAAGGGUUAUGGUUUUGUUAGAUUUGGUAAUGAGGAGGAGCAACGGAACGCACUGUAUGCAAUGAAUGGUUAUUCAGGACUCGGCACUAAACCUCUCAAGAUAUGCACAGCUGUUCCCAAACCUAAAGGGGUAACAACAAAUCAGAAUUCAACCACAUCUGUGACAUCAAAUGCUGCUUAUAAUAAUGGAUCACAAGAAUAUAAUCAAUAUUAUGAUCCAUCAGCCUAUUGGCAAAAUUACUCAGCUUGGUCGGGUUAUUAUGGACAAGGUGACCAGAGCGCUGCAGCAGUCACACCUAUUGUCGAACCGGUGCAAGCUGCAAUUGUUAAGGCGCAAAAUGAUGAGUUGGCACUAGUUGAGCACAAGAAGAUAAUAGAUAUUGAUCAGAUGAACCAAGAAUUCCUAGACCCAGAAUUAUCUUUUUGGGAUGCAUUGGAAUCAUCUCAGUGGUUCCCGAAUGAAGUGAUUGAAGCGCAUUAGUUGAUUAUAGAUAUCCAAAAAAAAAUCUUUUGUUUCAGUUUUAUAUUGACCAAUGUUUUCAAAUAGAAUUUGCAUAGAUUUAUAACCUAUCUGGACUACAAAAGUGAGACGGGAAAAGCCUCUGAAGGUGUUUUAUUUGGAUAAACUCCCAGAAUAAUGUCAUUUGUAAUAA